AUGGAUGUUUACUAUUGGGGUGAAAAACUACCAGGUGCAUCUGGUAGUUCAUUUCAAGUCUUAACCGGUCAAUAUGCCAAAGAUUUUAUGGACGUUUAUUAUGCUGGAAAAAAGGUACAAGGUGCAUCAGCUUCAUCAUUUAAAGUAUUAGGCAAUAGUUCUGCUAAAGAUUCACAGGACACCUGUUAUAUGGAAGAGAAAGCACACAAUGGUUAA